AUGGACGCCUUGUCCUCCGCCCCGGUGCAGUACACCUCCCUCGAGCCGGACGAGUUCGAUGCAGAGGCCAGCCCCGAGGAGGUGGAAGCCUCAGGGCCAGAGACCCCCGAGGAGACGCCGGAGAAGCUCGGCCUCAAGGAGUCGCUGGUGCUGCCGCGCUUCGAUGCCUGGGCCAAGCGCCUCGACGCGGCGGCGGCGAAUGCGGCGCGGGAGCUUUACGAGCGCUUGAAGGUGCACUCGCAGUCGGAGAGCAUGGCCUCAUCCACCCGGAGCUUCAAGGUGCAUUUCUCCAUCGCUGGCAUGCAAGGAGUUUACACACAGACCUCUUGCGCGGAUCCGCUGGCGCCCACGUGGGCCGUCAGCACGGCUGGACAGAUGGAGCUGGUUCCGAAUCUCGAGGCGGAAUGGGUCUUGGACGAUGAGACGCUUCUGCAGUGCCAGCACUUCGCCGGUGGUGAAACAAAGCAAAGCAUCGAUGAGGCCCGACUGAGCGAUCGCUUCGGCUCCGACUUCAUCGCUUCGCUGGGCGGGAUGCCGCGGCUGCUGCAGUUCCUGGGCGUAGUUUGCGCGGAUCCCAAGGCGGCGGAGUAUGCCGAGGUCUUACCCUUUGGCCUUCCGGACGCCCUUCUGCGCACCAAUGCGCUCGACGGGAAGUCGUGA